GACUAGGGCCCAAGUACACCAACGACUCUCUCUCUCUCUCUCUCUCUCUCUCUCUCUCUCUCCUCGCAAUCGCCCGACGAUUCCUCCGUUGCCGAAUGCAAGGUUCUCUCUUUCUGUCUCCGUUCAAUUCACUCUACUGUUUUACUCGACCUUAUAGCUUCAUUUACGCCAUUGGCAUUCUAAUUUCCACACACCCAUAUGCAUGUUGAUCAAAAACCCAAUUUUGCAAACCCACAAGAAAAUCGAUGCUAUGCAUUCGAUUCUUGAGACACCCAUUUUGAUAUGUAUAGAGCUCUUGGCUAUUCUCGACUAAUGUACCGCGCUCGCAUAGCUAACUACGUCAAAACCGGCCUCAUUGAUCAAGCCGUCCAAGUGUUCGACGAAAUGACUCAAACAGACUGUAGAGUGUUCAGCAUUGACUACAACCGUUUUAUUGGCGUUUUAGUUCACCAUUCCCGCUUUGAUUUGGCUGAAAAGUAUUAUAAUAAGAUGGUCUCAGAUGGGUGCUCUUUAACCUCUUUUACAUAUUCAAGAUUCAUUGUUGGGUUGUGUAAAGUUAAAGAUUUACAAUUCGUUGAGAAACUUUUGGAUGACAUGGGUAAACUCGGGGAAAUCCCGGAUAUUUGGGCUUUCAAUGUAUAUUUGGAUCGGUUGUGCACCGAGGGUUUGGUGGACAAGGCUUUGGAGGUGUUUUGGGUGAUGGCUGAGAAGGGGAGAGAGCCUGAUGUUGUGAGUUAUACUAUUGUUAUUAGUGGGUUGUGUAGGGCUAGAAGAUAUGAGAACGCCGUCGAGCUUUGGCAUUUGAUGGUUGAGAAGGGCGUUAGUCCUGAUUGUAAAGCGUGUAGGGCGAUUGUUUUGGGUUUGUGUGAUGGUGGGAAAGUGGAUUUAGCUUAUGAGCUUACCGUGGGGGCAAUGAAGGGUGAAGUUGAGUUUAACACGUCAAUUUAUAAUGCACUUAUUCAUGGGUUUUGUCAAUCUGGUCGGAUUGACAAAGCUCAAGCGAUUAAGACGUUUAUGAGCCGGAAUGGGUGCGAACCAGAUUUAGUUACGUAUAAUAUUUUGUUGAACUAUUGUUGCAAUGAGCUUAUGUUUGAUGAGGCAGAGAAGUUAAUGGAGAAAAUGAAGAAGAGUGGAAAGGAACCUGAUGGGUAUAGCUACAACCAACUUCUUAAAGGCCUUUGCAAAAUCAAUAGGUUGGAUAAGGCCUACCGGUUGAUGCUGAAGAUGGAGGCAAAAGGGUUGGUUGAUGUUGUAUCUUUUAACACAAUUAUUAAAGCACUCUGCAAGGCCGGCCACAUUAAAAGAGCUUAUAAGCUGUUUGAGGAGAUGGGCCAAAAGGGUAUAGCUCCAGAUGUGGUGACGUUUACAAUACUUAUAGAAGGUUUUCUGAGAGAAGGUAGCCCAAAUUUGGCCAAGAAGCUUCUAGAUCAGAUGAGUGGGAUGGGCCUGUCACUUGAUCGAAUAUUGUACACUACAAUUGUCGACCAUCUGUGUAAGACUGGGAGAAUAGGGUUGGCUUACAGCAUUUUCUGUGACAUGGUAGAGCAGGGAAUCACCCCUGAUGUAGUUUCCUAUAAUGCAUUGAUAAAUGGGCUUUGCAAGACUUCUAGAGUAAGUGAAGCUAUGCUUCUGUAUGAUGAGAUGCUAACAAAAGGAUGCCAUCCGGAUGAGGUGACAUUCAAAUUGAUCAUUGGAGGCCUUUUACAAGAGAAAAAGCUUUCGGCAGCGUGUACAGUCUGGGAUCAAAUGAUGCAGAAGGGCUUCACUCUCGACAGAGAUGUUUCUGAGAUUCUUAUAAAAGCUAUCCACUCAACAGAUUCCUCUUGCAGGAAUAUCAGAAAUGGUUGAACUUUACGAGUCUUGGUGCAUUUCUGUUACACUCCAACAAAAGCUGCUCAGGCAGUAAUCAACGGAUGGAUACUCACUGCUGAUAUGCAUCUGCAAACAGAACAACUCGUGAUGAAUCCAAGCUCGAAGUCCUGUUGCAAAGAGUAAAGAAGAGCAAGAGAAAUGCUCUCUUACGAUUCUGAAGGGAUACUGAUAGCAAAAUAAAGCAGAGACCUUCAUAAAUGUAACCCGCAGGGAUACUGUUGUAUUUGGUUGAAGACAGUUCAUAUUACUCAACAAUGGAGGUAAUUUCCUAGAGCGAGAGCUGAAACAGCUAUCCAAUGGUGGUAUCAAGCCAACUGAUAAACUGUAACUUUCGAAGCAAAUUCUUGAUUGCGGCCGCAACUAUAUUCGAUAGGUGAUUUAAGAAGGGCUUAAGCUGCAAAUGGCUGUUGAUCCUGAUUUGCUGAUAGAUAAUUUCUUUAUUUUUUUUACAUUGAGCUUAGGAGUGGUGAGCCCCUGCAAGAGCUGGCCGCUGCCUUUUUUUUUUUCCCCUUCCGGGCUAGUUCUUGAUUUCCUUGAGAUAGGAAGUCUAUUUCUGUGUUUUAGUUAUUCUUUGGGUUUGACAUUGAUUAGGUCGAAUUGCACAUUUAUGUUGUAUUUUAGGUCCCCAUAAGGUGAUGAGCUUAUUUUUGUGGAUAGGCACCAUGUCUGCAUGAGUCCCUCUCUUUAACUUCAUCUCACGUUAAAAAAACAUGUUCGAGCAAUUCUUUUACAUUCACCAUUUUCACUUCAUCACGUUAAAAAAAACCUUCGAAUUCCCGUGACCCAUCACUGCAAGACAAACCCAUAAAUUUUAAACUUUGUCUGCGACAACCGCAGCCUCGAUCCAUAUCCCCAGCCACAGCAAAAACCCACACUUCGAUUUCCAGCCACAGCAACAAUGCCCACAACGAAACCAUUAAGGAAACUGUGGAUUUUUGUUGAAUAUGCAGUACUCCUUAGGGUAAAAACACCCUAAAUUGCUUGCAACGUUGAAGCACAAGAUGUGAGGAAUCAAACAAAAUCUUGUGAUACAAUUCUCCAUACUAACUGCAACAGACUAUAUAUUCACAACACCAGUGACUUGUUAAAAGAAUGUUGCUCACAUUUUUUACAAUACAAGUAUACAAUAUCGUAGGAAAACAGUUGAAUCCAGAAUUUCCAUGUCCAAAGAGCAAAACUGCUGUAACAGCAUAUAUGGUACAAAACUCGAACGAGAAGAUUUCUUCUCCCAGCAUUGGAUAAUUUACACAAGUGGAAUGAUAAUCAUCGCCCCCAUUAAUAAGCCAAACCAAACCAAAUCA